AUGAGAAUAUCUUUAAAGCUAGCCAUGCAACCAAGGACAUACCAAGAUGCUUUAGCGGCUUUGAAUUCUUUACAGACUAAUUAUGCAGCCAUAAAGGCUGUCAAAGAUUCUGGUAAUAAAAAUAAUCAAAUGGCGCUUCUUGAUAUGAAAGAAUGGCCGAGAAGAAUUGGGUAUUCUGUUUCGGAUUUCAAUAGAUUGAAUGUGGUUCAUAUUACAGGUACAAAAGGGAAGGGUUCUACUGCUGCCUUUACUUCGUCGAUCUUGGGUCAAUAUAAGGAUCAAUUACCCAAAGUUGGGUUGUAUACGUCACCUCAUUUAAAAUCUGUAAGGGAACGAAUUAGAAUUAAUGGUUCUCCAAUCUCUGAAGAAUUGUUUACCAAAUAUUUUUUCCAAGUUUGGAAUAGAUUAGAUGAUUCAACUUCCACCUUGAAUGAAUUUCCUCAUAUGCUACCUGGUACUAAACCUGCAUAUUUCAAAUUCUUAACAUUAUUAUCAUUCCAUGUCUUUAUGCAAGAAAAUUGUAAUUGUUGUAUUUAUGAAGUCGGAGUUGGGGGUGAAUUGGAUAGUACAAAUAUUAUAGAAAAACCUGUGGCUUGUGGGAUUUCUUUAAUUGGUAUAGAUCAUACUUUUAUCUUGGGUAAUACAAUUGAAGAAAUUAGUUGGAAUAAAGGUGGGAUUUUAAAACCUUCAGUUCCUGGGUUUACCGUGGAAAACCAAUCACCUGAAUCUAUUAAAGUCUUGAAAGAAAGAGCUGCCGAGAAAAACACUACGAUUGACCAAAUUCCAAAUUUUAAUAUUAUAAAGAAGAUAAAGUUAGGUAUUGCUGGAGAUUUCCAACUUUCUAAUGCUUCAUUAGCUACUGCUUUAGCGUCUCAAGCAUUAAAUUCAUUAAAAAUCAUUGAUAACCCAAUUGAUUAUAAAGAUUCCAAUGCUGAACUUCCAAAUAAAUUCUUAAUUGGAUUAGAAAAUACAAAUUGGCCUGGCCGUUGCCAAACUUUAUUGGAAGGUAAUAAAAAAUGGUAUAUUGAUGGGGCUCAUACAAAGGAUAGCAUGGUAGCUGCAUCUACUUGGUUUAAAAAAACUAUCUUAAAUGAACCUAUUUUAAAGGAUUCCAAAAAAAUAUUAUUAUUUAACCAACAGAGUAGAGAUGCAAAUGCAUUAAUAGACCAUUUGAUUGAAACUAUUACUCCAGAUAUUCAUUUCGAUGAUGUUAUUUUCACUACUAAUGUCACAUGGAAGUCUGGAAAUUAUAGUGCAGAUUUAGUUUCAUUAAAUACAUCCAAGGAAAGUGUCGAUAAAUUGGAAGUUCAAAAGUCCUUGGCAAAACAUUGGAAAAAUCUUUCUCCUUCAACUAAUACAAAUUCUACGAAUAUACAUGUAACACAUAGUAUUCAAGAUGCAUAUGAAAUAAUAGAAAAAUUGAGUUCCAAACCUGUUUCUAUUUUCGUAACUGGUUCUUUACAUCUUGCUGGUGGACUAUUGGUGGUUUUAGAAGAUUCUCCAAACAAUACUCAAGAAUAG